GGGAAGAAGAGUAGAUGUGUGGAAAGGAACAGGGGUCUGGCAUUCUCCUGGAACCGUUCCUUACAGCCAAGAAACACAGGAGCUCCUGAAAGGCAUAUAUGCAUUCAGAAAAAAAAUCCCUGUCAACCUCAAACAUUUCACUACAUACACAAUACUCUCUCUAGGUAUGAGGAGAGAAAAUGGACCACUCAUGAGAAAUGUUAUUUACAUUGCUUAAUGCACUACUGGAAGACAUACAGAUGCUACAAGUGGUAAAAGAAACUGCACUAAAUAGAGAGAGCUGUACUAGCCCAUGCUGCUUAAACUGCCUUUUCUAUACCCACUCACUCAUCUUGCUUCCUCUUCCCAUUCAGAUCAAACCCAGAGACUGUUUCUGUUCCAUCUUUCUCUCUCGUGGUAACACACAAGAUGUUUUAACUCCCCCUGACCUAAGUAAAGACAUUGCUGUUUCUCCAUAGCUAUGCCAUUCUGCACCCUUCCCUUUCUUGGUGAAUGCAGCCUCUUGCCUCAAGUCCAUUGUUUAGUCUGCAAGCUUUUCGGGCCAGGGACAGUCUUCUGUAUAUGUCCUGUAAAGUGUCUGUCUAAUCCAACCAUCUUAUCUGUCUCUCUGUCUUACAUAACACCCAUCACCAAGGGUACUUACAGAUGCUGGCACAUACUAAGUAAUAACCCACUUUUGUAACCCUUCUUCAACAGUUGCCAAAGCGAGCCAAAGCGAAAGGCAAAAGUCUCAUUAUUGCAGUUAAUCAGUUAAAAGAUAAUGACUGAUGGCUCCCUUGAUUGUCUCUCUUUCUCACUUCUGUCACUACAAAGCCUGGUAUCAUUUGCUUCCAAACCUGGGAGAAGUUUUACCUCCACCUGACCUUCUGUACCAUUUUAAAGCCAAAGCUGAUUUUUCUUUGGAGACAACUGCCUCUUGGCUUUAUAGUGGAAACAUAAAAGUUUAAACUUUACCUUAUGUGAAGAGGCCUUUCUCCAGUAGCCAUCAUAUAUGCUUUCCUGAAACUUUUGGAACAGUUUGUGUCAGUAAUAGCUCACAACAGAAUUCUACAAGCUAAUUAGUUGCAAUGAAAAAAUCAUUCCCUUUGCUCUGUCUGUAUAUUUGCCAUUUUUUUUAAUUGUGUUCUGAUUUAAAAUGGUAGAUGGAAAUCAGGAGGAGCCUCUAAUUUUUACAAUCAAGGCACUAGGGGCAUAAAUCUGGAUUAGAAAUUAGUUGGAUUAAAUAUGGAUUAGUUGUUUAAGGUGGGCAGAUAAUUCCACAGGCCAGAGGUGUAGUGUACUGGUUGGGGCUUUACUGAUGGUUCUUGUCUUUCAGUGAUGAUGCAGGAAUGCAGACUUACUAAUUUCCAGAAACGCCACCUUAUGGACUGCAUAAAACGAGGUGAUGCUCUGCCCAUCCAAUGCAACCCAACUUCCAGCAAACAGCCAGAGCUUGCAAAGCCCAAUUCUUCUCCACCAAAGCCUUGUCUGCCAGUGAGCUUGCUGGCUAGACCCCAUCUCCGACCUGCCAAGAUCUGCCAGGCAGGCAAUGCCUACACCCGAGAUAAAUUCAAACCAAAGGCCACUCGAGACUUGGAGAGGGAAAAGCAAAGGCUCCAGAACAUCUUGGCAACUGGGAAGGACAAGGAGGAACACAAACCACAGCAGAAGCCAGUGCAGAAAAAGGAGGAGGAGGAGAUACCUGAACCUGACCGGUUUGAAGAAUUGGUGAAUGAAAUUCGGGAGAGGAAGGAGUUCCUGGAGGAGAUGGUAGCUCUGGGACAGGACAAGAAGUACCGAGGGAUCAUCCUUACUGAAAUCUCACAGAAACUGCGGGAGAUGGAGAUCAUUGACAAGAACAGGAACAAGGAAGCAAGAGAGGCAAUGGCUACAAACCUUCCUGUAGGGAGCCAAUCUGAUUCCCAGAGCUAGACUACGAAUGCAGAGCAUUCCCACCCAUUCUUUCCUUGGUCUUCCAGCAGCUUCUGAAAGGUCAGAAACUGGUCUGAACCUGUCCAUCUAUAGCAGAUGCUCUGGAAGAAACAUCAGUGCCUGCUGCAUAGAGCCAAGCAUAGGGCAGGGACAUUAUGGACAGCAUAGGAGAAAGACUUUGUAAAAUCUUCUCCACUUACUAGCUUACUUUCUCCAUGGGUGCAUUUUGUGGUGAAGCGUUAGAUGCUUGGGGACCUCAAUCUGGGAAUCAGAGUCUUGUUGUGUGAAGCCACAGGAGAUGAAGACCAGUGAUGUUGCAGUGACCUUUGAAAUAGAAUAAAAGCAGAGCCCCCUUCCACCUUCUAUGUACACCUUAAGGGGGCAGAACACAGCUUUCCUGCAGAACAGGCACCCAGAUGGAAAAUCUGUACCUUUUCCAUAAUCCUUGGGGGAAGGAAUCUCUGGUUAUUUCUGGACAUUAGUAUAUUACAUCCACCCACAUUAUCACAUUAGCCUGCAUUACCACUUCUGUCAGUACAACUCUGGAAACCAUGUCAACUGCUGCCACAUAGCUGACAAGAAGAACCAGCCACGUGGCCUCAUAAAUACAAACCUUGAAUUUGACAGUACCACAGUUCAGUGAGAUUUUGUGUAUAUGGGACCUCCUCUCCUCCUCAGCCAAUGAAAUGUGCAGGUUCAGGUAGGCUACUAUGCUGGGUUGGGAAAGAGGAGACAUGCCACUCAGGCUUCACAGCUCGGGAAGGUCUUAGGUCAAUGGUCCCUUGUCCUUUCUAAAGCAUCUUGAUACAGAGUAAACAUGAUCCCGUAGUUGUUGGGGGAGGCAAGAUGUUUGUAGAGAAUGGCCAGAUAAGACCAUUGGAUCAUCUGGUAUGAUGCCCAGGAUAAUAAAAACUCCAAGAAUUUCAUUCAGCUACUUCUGAAUUGAGCCCAGUUUAGGGAGUCCUUUCAAUGGGUCUCUGAAUCCUCAGGCUCCUCCCUUCCUUUGCUUCAGGCACUCAGCCUGCCUAUACACAUGCUUGGGGGUGGGCUGGGGCCAUUUUAAUUAGAGCAGUUCCUGGACAGCAGCUAAUCAAAAUGGCUCACCAUCACAUCUGUUAAGCCCCUGCAUGUUUCAGAACUGCUGUGGGAUGCUUUAUCUAAGGCUCACUCGACGAGGUAUAGAUAAAGUGUCCCUGCAGCCAUUUUGAAAUGUGCAGGGGCUUAAUACAUGUGAGGGUGAGGUGAUGCUGGAGUUUUCCAAUUAGAAGGUGGAGCAGACUAGACUAAUUGAGUCUGCUCCAACAGAUUCCAAUUAGAACAUGAAUGAGCAUGUCUAUAGGCAACCUCAGCUACUUGUCUGUGCUUCUGCAAACCUCCAUAAGAGGGCAGCCUGAAAGGUGGGGCUCAGACCUGAAACCCUGCAGCAACGCAAGCACAGGACACACGAAGCAAAAUGGCAGCAGCAUAUAUGUAACUCCAACGUUUUAUUUUUCUGCAGAUGAAUGAAAAUCCCAGAGUUAGUAUAGUGUAAUAAUUUAUAAAUCAAAAUACCAAUGGGGAAGGGGGAGUCAGACUGCAGCAAUCCCAACGGCCUUUGGCAACAGUGACUUGAUAGCAGGCUGCAAAGCCUGUCAGUUUGCGUUGCUUUGGAGAGGGGAUGUGCAGUGAGAUCUCCCCUCUAGCCAUUUCUCCUGGGUCAGCCAGUUGGGGGUUGCCAGGGUGAGAAUGGGCGUGCCUUUCCAUUGCUAGGGGGCCAAGCAUCCUGCCCCCAUCAACAGUGGCAGCCCCAGGAGCCAUGAUGAACUCAGAUCCCUCAGUGUUCUUGUAAACAGGGAUCCCUUUAUAAAAACAGGCACCAGCAACGGGCCAAGACACUGCCGGAAAUGAGUAUGGUUUGGAUGAACCCCACAGGACCUGGAGAAGGGACUGCAGCAGUUUGCUCUGGGCUGGUAGUCUACUCUGCUAAGGAGAAGGCAAGACAAACAGCUGACCAACUGACACCCACAAGACUCCAUGUCUAACAGACCAAUCAAACAAUUCAAUAAAUAGCAUCUCCCCUCUGAGAAGGCAGAA